ACUAUUUAACUCGCUGUUGAACACCAUCCGCAGCAGCAAGCGGCAGGAACCCUAGAUUUUGAUUAUUUCCGUGGAAAAGUGAAAAUGUCGUCUGGAGAGAUCGCUUGCACCUAUGCUGCUUUGGUUCUUCAUGACGAUGGCAUCGCAGUCACGGCGGAAAAAAUAGAUACGCUUGUGAAAGCAGCGGGUUUGAAUGUUGAAUCAUACUGGCCGUCUCUCUUUGCCAAGCUAUGCGAGAAGAGGAACAUCGAUGACCUCAUAGUGAACGUCGGAUCUGGCGGUGGUGCAGCGAUUGCGGUAUCUGCCACUUCAGGAGGAGAUUCUGGUGGUGCCGCCGCCGCUGCCCCCGCCGCCGAGGAGAAGAAGGAGGAGCCCAAGGAAGAGAGUGACGACGAUAUGGGCUUCAGUUUAUUUGACUAGUGAGCUACAAAUUAGGGAUGCCAUUUUGAGGUGCAAUCGCUUUACCAAUGAAGUUUUGUUUCAGUUUCAUUGAUUGCAUUUACAGCAGCAGUAGUUUUCAGUAUUUAAAGUAGAUGAUGAUGACAUUUUGUUGCAAGUGUCAAGUUUUUUUCUGGUGGUAAAUCUUCUGAGUCUUGCAGUAAAUUCUAUUCAUUUGCUGGUGCAUAUCAUGGAUAAUUAAGUAAUAGGCUGAAACUUUCCAUUGAAUAGUUAUAGUGGUGGGAUCUGAAUUAGCCUUUAGUACAUCAGCCGCCAUUAUUUCUAUCCAUUUACUCUCUAAUCGAGCUAGCUAGCAUUUCAUAACACCUAUGACUUGGUGAAUUUUUUGUAAUGUUUGGGGAAUUAUAAAAUGAAUACUAGGGAGAGGUCAUGGUCAAUAUAUGUAAAACAAGCGGAUAGUUUCAAUUGAAACUAUGGAUUAAAAUCUUAUAUUUUUGAGUUGUAUUGUA